AUAGAAAGAGAUGUGGCAGUUCCAGGCUGACAAGCUGGUUUUAACUGUUUAUUUCCACUCGUCAAUAGCUUAAGCAUAACACUCUCUGCAAGCCUACAACCCAUUAUGGAUCUUCUCUCUCGUAUACGCCAUGACGUUAGACUGCGUAACCUCACUGUCUAUGCGCAGUGGCUAUCUCUGUCUGCGAUUCUCGUGUGUUGUAUUGCAAACAUAUGGUUGCUAGUCAAUACGAUGCUAUUUUGGAUUCAUUAUCCUCAGCGUCCUCUCCCAUCAGUCUGGCAUGCUCGGCCUAUAGUACAAACGUUAAACGUGAUCUUCUUCCCGAUUGCUCCAAUCGCAGUAAUUAUGCCGUACCUUUCUAAAUAUCAUCGCUUUUGGUUCACCCUCGGCGUGAUAUGGUGGUGCAUCCAGCCUGUCUACUAUUCUUUUGUCCUCCCGUUCAAAAACGACCUCGGGAAUAUUAUGAUGUCAGCACAAUACUGCUUCUUCCUCAUUUUUCUCGCCGUCUUGCCAUGCGCGCCCCUACUAAAGGACACAUAUUCUUCCAAUCGCUUUAUCUUCCAUAUCGGCUUCACGAUCUCCAUAAGCUUUUGGGUCGGCCGAAUCAGUUUUUGGAUCCCGGGUUCAAUACUGCCGCUAUUAGUUAGACCGCAUUUUGAAUGGGCGGCGGUUCCUGCGGGCCUAGCGGCUGUGUUAUAUUUCAUUGCUGCUAGGAAAGGGCAUGGGUUAGUCUUUAGUAGGACACUUGGAGGUCCUGGGGUAGAGCCAAUGUCGCUUGCUCUUCCUAGCUUGGAACCAGAGUAUAGCGCCAUUAGCAAUGGGAGAAUACGCUUGUAGCCCUCAAAGUAGGAAAGGCGUUACCAUUAUAGCGGGACUUUGAUUACGACGAGCAGAGAUAGGCAAAACAUUACUUCAUGGACGAGCAGUGCCACUUUCUUUGGGAGGGCGUUAAGAUCUUGGACGAUGUAUAAACCCCAAGAUGGG